AUGAGUAGUAAGAGAGAAUCCUACAAUAUUCGAGUGCUUGGACAAGAACUGUACAACAAAGUUGCCAGCAGCAAGAUCCUCUUGGUCGGUGCUGGUGGCAUUGGAUGUGAAUUGUUGAAAAAUCUUGUUAUGUCAGGCUUCAAAGAUAUUGUGGUGAUUGAUUUGGAUACCAUCGACAUCUCCAACUUAAACCGACAAUUCUUGUUUCAACGUCAACAUGUCAAGAAAGCAAAGGCACAUGUUGCCAAAGAGUCCGCCCACAAAUUCAACCCUGCCGCCAAGAUUGAGUCUCUUCAAGGCAACAUCAAGGAGAGCCAAUUCAGCGUUCAAUGGUUUAAGCAGUUCACGAUGGUCCUCAACGCGUUGGACAAUUUGGAUGCCCGUCGACAUGUCAAUGCCAUGUGCUUAGCAGCAGAUGUUCCUUUGGUGGAAUCAGGUACCCAAGGCUACCUUGGCCAAGCCUAUGUGAUCAAGAAGUUUGAAACUGAAUGCUUUGAUUGCCAACCCAAGCCCACACCUACCACAUACCCAGUCUGUACAAUCAGAAGCACACCCAGUGCUCCUAUUCAUUGCAUCGUCUGGGCCAAGAGCUUUUUAUUCAGCCAGUUAUUUGGUAAUUCCGAAGACGAAGAGGCAAUGGAAGAAGAUAAUUCAGAAGAAAACGCUCAAGAGUUGGCUGCCCUGUCGAGAGAAACCGCCGAAUUGAAACAAAUUAAGGAAGCAGUUGGAUCAGCGGAUUAUGCAAAGAAGGUAUUCGACAAGGUGUACAACACAGAUAUCAAUAGACUGCUAUCCAUGGAAUCCAUGUGGGCAAAACGAGCCAAACCUACACCAUUGGACUACGAUACUUUAGAGAGCGAAUCAGCAGCAGCAGAGACAUCAGCAGUGGGCCUGGCAGAUCAAAAAGUGUGGACCUUAAAGGAGAAUUUUGAAAUGUUCAAGGACAGUGUUGUGAGACUCGCUGCCCGUUAUUUGAAGGAAAGAGAGACACAAUCAGAUGCUAUUCUGUCAUUCGAUAAAGACGAUGAUGAUGCUAUGGAUUUCGUUACUGCCGCUUCCAAUUUGAGAGCCCAUGUGUUCAAUAUUCCAACCAAAAGUUUAUUUGAUGUCAAAUCUAUGGCAGGCAACAUCAUUCCCGCUAUUGCCACUACCAAUGCUGUAAUUGCCGGCUUUGUCAUCAUGAAAGCAUAUGGCAUCUUGCGUGGAGACUUCAAAAACAACCCUCGAACAUAUCUCACCACCGGAUCUCGGCUUGUUCAGGAGGCAAACGUUGAGCCAAAUCCUAACUGUGGUGUCUGUCGAUCCAGAAGCGCUACAGUAAAAGUCAAUUUUGACAAAACCACAUUGAACGACAUUAUUCAAAAGGUGAUUUUAGUGUCACAGGAAGUCGGAGGCGCUGGUAUGGUGGAGGAUGAAGUGGCAAUCAUGGACGGCAGCCGUAUGAUCUAUGAUAUUGAAUUUGACGACGGUGUUGACUUGAAGCUGAGAGAAGUUGGCUUGAAUUCAGGUUCCAUUAUCCGUGUCACUCAAGAUGAUGGUGGAGAAGAUGUGGAUCUUAUUUUAGAAGCAUUUGAUGCUAACGAGGAACAUGACGAUAGCCUGAAAUUGAUGGGUGCCAUUCCCAAACCCAAGCAAACAAGUCGUGAUUCAGGGGAAAAGAAACGUAGAUUGGAUGAGGACGAAGCCGAUCUUGAUCAACUGUCCCGCCAGACAGCCAAGAAAGCCAAGGUGUCUCAUCAAGUGGUGGAUAAUGUGGUUGUCCUGGAAGACGGUGAUGAAGAUUUGGUUUUGUUGGACUAG